UCUGUGUGUGCGACCCGGGAGAUGGAGAGGCAGAGCCCAGGAGAGAGGCAGGCAGACGCUAAUAGGACCGGAGCCGCCUCCACCCCCCCCUCAUCAGCUGCCGUCACCAUGGCAACAGUCAGCCCCAGCAGCACCACGUGCACCCAGGCGCCCUCCACCUCCCUCAGCAUCCUCUCACCCGACAGACAGGCGGUCCAGGUGAUCCAGCACGCCAUCCACAGACCUCAGAGCAUGGCGGCCCAGUACCUGCAUCAGAUGUACGCAGCCCAGCAGCAGCACCUCAUGCUGCAGACGGCAGCCCUGCAGCAGCACCAGCACAGCCCCCAUCUGCAGAGUCUGGCCACCAUUCAACAGGCUUCAGUCUGUCAGAGGCAGUCACCUUCUUCAUCCGCUGGCAAUCUGCUUCAUCAGCCUGCUGGUGUUUCCCCAAACUCAAUUACUUUACCAGCGUCUCCGGUGACAGCCCAGCUGAUUGGCCGAACCCAAACGUCCACUGGUGCUGCUACUACCAUUUCCCAGCAGGCCAUGCUCCUGGGAAACAGGCCGGCUAACUGUAACCAAGCUCAGAUGUACCUUCGCACUCAGAUGCUUAUUCUAACCCCUGCAGCCACGGUGGCUGCAGUUCAAUCAGACCUCCCUGCUGUCACCUCCUGCUCCUCUUUACCUACCUCCUCUCAGGUGCAGAAUUUAGCUCUUCGCGCCCACUUACCCGGAGCUCUGGCUACAGCCCACAGUGUGAUUUUAAAGCCCUCUGCUCAGUCACAAGCCCAGAAUCCGGUCGCCUCUUUAUCCAAGACGUCAGUCUGCGCACUGAAGACCAACCAGCUGACUGACACCUCAACAGAAACCGGACCAGCUGAUGUCACCCGACUGGCCUCAGGACCUCAGAUUGUAACCCCGGCGUACUCUCCUGUGCAGACCCACGCUCUGGUCAAGCAGCAGCUGUCCUGUCCACCGGGCCAGCGGGUUGGGCAGCACCAGCUCCUCCUCCAGCAAGCAGGUGGAGCUCCGAACCACAGACAGCUGCAGCCCAUCGCCCUCAGAGUAGCACCCCAAGAAACCAACUCCAACCCUCUUCCUCUUUCAAUUAAAAGACUGACCACUCCCAGCACCCAGUCACAAACUAAUAAUGACGCCCGGGCCCCUUCUUCCUCCUCCACCUCCUCCUCUUUUUCUUCUUCUCCUUCUCUCACCAGAAUGUUUGCAACAUCAGCUCAGACCUCAAUCCCAGCUGCCGCCGUCCAGCCUCAGCCGCCUCCUCUGGUGGCCGCUCCGCAGCGUCGGACAUCAUUCCCACAAGUGCAGAACCAACCUCCACCUCCUCCUCCACCUCUAGUCCUCCCCAGGCUCCCCCAGAACCCCCCAGCCUCCCUCCAGAGGCUCUCCCUGCACUCGGUCCAGGCUCUGGCUGUCCAGUCAGGACGGGUGCUGCUGACAGAGCGGGAGCUGCCCGUAGCGGAGGCUCUGGUUCAGAUGCCCUACCAGAACCUCCCACCUCCUCAGACGGUGGCUGUUGAUCUGAAAGUACAUCCGGUCAGACGCAGUGAAACUCCAUCGUCGGGGCAAACACGCAAAGUGAAUGGAUUGAGCUCGGAGGAGAGGAAAGAUGAAUGUUCUCCUCGUCCACAGAGAGACAGGACCCCUACAUCUCUCAGUGUGCCUCCUAAGCAGAAUGGUGCAGUGAUGGGUUCAUCCUCUAUCAUAUCCAGUCGCUCUGUGAUCCAGUCACCGAUGGUGGAAGAGCUGCCCCAGUUUACCACCAGCAGCAGCACCAACAGCAGCAACCCUCCUCCUCCAUCUCCUCCUCUACCUCCUCUACCUCCUCCCAUCCUUCCAGCUGCAGUAAGAGGCCCCAGCCAGCCUCCCUCUUCCCCAACCAGCGUCCCCGGAAGCCCCGAAAGGAUACUCACAACCCACGUCCUCACACACCUCGUAGAGGGCUUCGUUAUCCGAGAGGGCCUGGAACCGUUCCCGGUGGUCCCCUCGUCGAUGUUAGCAGACCAGCAGGCUUCACUUCCCGAAUCCCAGGAGAUACAAACCAACGGGGACGAAGCAGCAGAGGACAGUCCGCUGGAUGCUGACCAAUCGGAUUCAACAGACUCUGAGAUGGAAAACGACGGCCCUGCAGCAGAUGGUGAGGUGGAGUUUGCAGAGCUCGGGGAGAGUGUGGCAGGUGUGCUGCAGUGUGAGUUCUGUGGGAACAGAGGUUACGCUCACACGUUCCUGCGCUCCAAACGUUUCUGCUCCAUGACGUGUGUCAGAAGGUUCAGUGUGAGCUGCACCAAGCGAAUCACUAUGCUGAGAGCUGGUCGCUGGGGUCACAGGCCGAUGGGCAGGAGAGGACGACCCCCCAGCAGAGUCAACGGAGCCUCCAGAGAACAUUUUCUGAGAAAGGCUGGGGGCUCGUUUCGCUCAGAGGAGACCCGGCAAAUCUCUCUGAGAGAGGAGGAAGAGCACGAGGACGAAGAGGAAGACGAACCUCCUGUUCCCAUGACAACCAGGCUCCGUAAACAGGCUGAGAGACAGCGAGAGAGGGAGCGAGAGCAGGAGAGAGAGCAGGAGCUGAGGACGACAGAAACAAUCAGUGUUUCUGACGGAGAGGAAGACGUCGGCUGUCCGUCUCAGUGGAACGUAGAACAAGUGUUUUCUUUUAUCAGCUCCCUGCCAGGUGGUCAGGACGUAGCUGAGGAGUUUCGCUCCCAGGAGAUAGAUGGACAGGCUCUGCUGCUCCUAACAGAGGACCACCUGGUCAGCACCAUGAACCUUAAACUGGGACCCGCACUGAAACUCUGCGCCCACAUUAACUCUCUGAAAGACGCAUAAAGAGUUAACACUUGAUUUGUGUUGAUCUGGGUCGGUGGUGUAGUGGGUAUACUUAGGAUAAACGCCCUGUGUUAUAAACAGUGACUUUAAGACUACUACUCGCAUAUUCAGCUCACCUAGUUAUAUUCUUCUAAAGCUGCAGUAGGAAGCUUUUAUAAAAAUGUACUUUUUGUCGUAUUUGCUGGAACUUUUACUGUAUCCUGACAGCAGUACAUGAGACAGAUAAUCUGAGACCAUAAAGACUGUACUGCUUAUAAAAUUAUUUACAGAGAAAAUUACCAACAUGAGCAAGAACCUGGCGACAGAAGGAACUUUUAACAGGCAGAAACCUCGAGCAGACCCUGGAUUAUUUCUCAGAUUAUCUGUCUCAUGUACUACAUGUCAGGAUAUAGUGUAAGUUUCAGCAAAUAUUU